AUGAAAUUUGCAACUUUGUCAACAAAUGACUACAUUAAUAUGCUGAAACAAGCCCAUUCUACAGUAAAUGCAAAAAUACUAUAUUUUUCCACUCGAAAUGCAAAUGUUACGACGCAAAACCUUGGAGAUGUCAUAGAACUUCUUAAAUCAGUCGGAGAAUUCAUGAAAAUGAGAAUACUUGAUGGAGCUAUUGACCUUUUAAUACAAUUGGAAAAAAGAUUGCCUACUUCAGCUAAGCAAAUCCAAAAUUCUAAUCUGAAAUCAAUUAAAGAAAACAAUGAAAAAGAGAUUCUGUCAAAAAUUCAAGAACUUAGGCACUCUGAUGAUAUUAAAUGCAUCUACAAUUUCUUUGAAGAGCUUUCAUCUCAAGGAAAUCAAAAAAUGAUUUCAGAAGCUUGCAACAGAGGACUUUCGGAAAGAGUACCUUUACAAAAAACAGUGCUUGGAAAUGAAAGAAAUAUACUUCAUAUAGCAUGCAAAAAAGGAAAUCUCAACCUUGUUAAAUCACUUAUAGAAAAUGGAUGUGAUGUAGAUACAGUGGAUGAUCAUGAAUGUUGUCCACUAAUCUAUGCCUCAAUAGGAGGCCAUCUUGAAGUUGUUCAAUAUCUUAUCUCAGUUGGAGCAGAUAAAGAUGCAAAGAAUAAAGAUGGAAAAACUCCACUCAUUUUUGCAUCAUCUAAAGGCCAUCUUGAAGUUGUUCAAUAUCUUAUCUCAGUUGGAGCAGAUAAAGAAGCAAAGGAUAAAUAUGGAAAAACUCCACUCUCAGUUGCAAAUUAUAAUGUAAGAGAUUAUCUAAAAUCUAUUGGUGCCAAGUAA